AUGCGGAACACAAAUUGGCGAGAUCGCUGGUGCUUGAUGCGUUUCUCAAUUCAUCGCACUGCGUUGGCAAGGGACCCGAAGCCACCACACCAAUUCGUCAGUUCACCAUCCCAGGUACAAAAAGAUUUCAAGAAGCCUCAUCUCGACCGCCCGCACUUUACGAUUCCUCACGUCACCGGAACGACAUCGAGAUUCUCGGGUCUUGGAUGGCUGCGAUCGUCGCCAUGCAAGACAGUCGCUAAACACAUAUGUUUGUCGCUUACUGCGGCGUCUCUCAGGCUUGUGGAAUCAAUCAAGCGCAGUAUCACAGGCUGUUGGCAACAUUCCACAUGUAUCGGUUCCGGAACAUCCUUGUUUGCGGAACAUUUACGGAAGCACUUCGGCGUCCCAAGGAAGAACAAGGUACGACCAUUUCAAGGACAAAUGUCACUUACGCUGGCAUUGCGGCUUUUCUUCCAAGUAUAUUUUCCUUCAACACCGAAGACACCAACUCAACAACGAGAUGUACUUCCGGCAGUUACGAAUCUUUCGCUCGCCUCGCGUCGAUUGAUGUUCAGGGCAUACUUCGGCAUCGCUGUGUGGGAAGCGCCUGAGUGCGUGCCGGCUCACCCAGCAGUGCGGAAGGGAAAAGACAUGUCUUGUCAAGAAAAGUUGGGAAGGCAUGACGACGAGCUGUCCGUCUCGUACUGCUGGCCAACUGGACGAAGUUCUUCUCUGCAGAUCCGUAUCAUACAGAAGGGCCCUGCCAUGUCAUCAUCGGACCACAAAUCCACGGCUGUUUAA